AUGAACGCCCCCUUGCACAAGAAGCCAAUCAACCUCCUCCGAGGCUGGCCCUCGCCCUCCCUCCUCCCAGCAGCAGCCCUCUCCGCCGCCGCCGUAAAGACGCUCGCCGACCCCGCCGUCUACGUCCCGGGGCUCCAGUACGGCCCGGACCCGGGCUACCAGCCUCUGCGCGAGUCCGUCGCCCGUUGGCUGUCGGCCUUUUACCCCGCCGUCGACCCCGCACCUCCCACCACCGCGGAUGAUGCCGCCGCCACAACCACCACCACCACCACCGCCGGCCACCACCCGCCCGACGUCCGGCGCAUCUGCAUCACGGGCGGCGCGAGCCAGAACCUCGCGUGCAUCCUCCAGUCCUUUACUGACCCUCUCUACACGAAGAAUGUCUGGAUGGUGGCGCCGUGCUACUUUCUCGCCUGCCCCAUCUUUGCUGACGCCGGCUUUGACGGGCGCCUGAAGGCGGUCCCUGAGGACGAUGAUGGCAUUGAUAUCGAGUACUUGAAAAGGGGGCUCGAGGCCGCGGGCGAAGGUGGCGAUGAGCACUUCAAAGAAGCCAAAAAGAGAAAACUCUACCGCCACGUAAUCUACCUAGUCCCAACCUGCUCCAACCCAACAGGCAAAACAAUGUCCCUAGCCCGCCGGUACGAACUCGUCCGCCUCGCCCGGCAACACGACGCCCUCCUCAUCGCCGACGACGUCUACGACUUCCUCCAGUGGCCCCUCGACACCGCCCCAGGACCGGGCUACACCCCGGCAAUGCGCCUCCCUCGCCUCGUAGACAUUGACCGCGCCCUCGGCGUCCCCGACGCCUCCUUUGGCAACGCCGUCUCCAACGGCUCCUUUAGCAAGAUCGUCGCCCCCGGGAUGCGGACAGGCUGGGCGGAAGGAAGCCCCGCAUUUGCGUACGGCCUGUCGCAGACGGGAUCCACGUGCAGCGGCGGCGCGCCGAGUCAGCUGGCGGCCGUGAUGGUCUCGGAGCUACUCGAGAGCGGGGCGCUGCAGAGGCAGCUAGACGAGGAGACGAGGCCCGCCCUCGCGAGGCGGCACGGAGCUAUGAUGGCGGCCAUUGCCGAGUACGUGCAGAAGCCGCUGGGCGACGGGGUCGUUGUUCGCGGGUCGGCGCUCAAGGGGGCGGGGGUGUUUGGUGGGUAUUUUGUGUGGUUUAGUGUGCCCGAGGGUAUGUCGAGUCGGGAGGUUGCUGUGAGAGCCAAGGAGACGGAGAAUUUGGUCAUUGGGCACGGUACGCAGUUUGAGGUGCAUGGGGACGAGGACGCUGCGAGGUUUGAUAGGGAGAUUCGGCUUUGUUUCUCGUGGGAGCCGGAGGAGGAUGUCGUGGAGGGGGUCAAGAGGCUGGGAGCGGUGUUGAAGGCCAUGAGGGAUGGUAUCCAGUGGAAAUCCUCCAGCUCUCUGGACGUGGACAAUGUUAAAUAA